GCUGGCAUGGGUGGCAGUGGGGAUUGGGUUUUACUGGAUGGCUUCAUACGCUUCCUGGAGGGUCUGAACCGUAUCCGUCGACGCCACAGCUCUGACAGGAUCAUCAGGCAGAAAGGAACGCCAAUGAAAGGACUGCAGGUCACCAGUCCUCUGCCUUCAUACCCCACGGAGCCUGUGCUGCCACCUCAAGGAAAGAGAGGCACAUUAGCUUUAUCAGCUCUGCUGGAGAUGGAGCAGAACCAGAAGUCUCUGGAGGAGCAGCAGCAGGUAAAGCCAUCUGCAGCUGUGGGCGACCUCUCAAGUGUUGUCACAGCGACCCCAUAUGUAGACAGCCCGCGCAAGGAUGCUGCCUUUAUUUUGGAUUUUAUACGUAGCCCUCGAUCCUCCUACAUCUAUCACUCUCAGCUGCCUGCAGAAAACAUAAAGGCUGCUGAUAAUGUUCAGCUGGGAGCGACGUCAGCCGCUCCGCCUGCAGGAGAGGCUGCAGUCAGCAGCACAGACAGCAGGUAA